AUGGGCUCUCACGAAAGUUCCCGCCGUAAUAGCGGACAGCAUUCCGAAACUUUUGGUACGAAACAAGAAGACAGUACUUUUAUUACAUCGGAAUCGCGACCACAACAAUCGGAAACCCCCAAAGUCAGCCCUGUGCGUUACUGGUCAUGGGAGAUUGUAUCACUUCUCUUCGCUCUUGCGCUUCUGAUAGCCACGAUCGCCAUUCCCGCUCAUUACAACGAUAAGGUUUUGAAAAGAUGGCCAUACGACAUUAGUCUCAACACAAUCAUCGCUAUUCUCAGCACCUUUAUGCGAGCCUCUAUGAUGCUUGUUGUCGCCGAGCUGGUUGGCCAAAUGGGAUGGCAGAGCCUACGAAAACCUCGUCCUGUUUCCGACCUUCACCACUUUGACAAUGCGAGCCGAGGAAUCCUUGGAGCAUUCAAACUGUUCUGGAAUGUCCCUCCACGACUUGCGAGUAUCAUUGCCGCGAUUGUUAUCAUCUUGUCACCAGCUAUUGCACCAUUUUCGCAACAAGCUGUCAAGACUGUCCCUUGCUCACGAGAAGUCCCAGGCAGUGGAAACUGCACCUUUACGGAAAACUCUAAAGGGGUCACUCACGCCUCAGUCGCUAUGUGCAGUUCAUGUCUCGACACAACCGAGUUCAUCAAGUUGAACGUGACAAAACGGGACGGUUACGAGACUAACAAUUAUACGCUACCAAACAACCAGUGGGUACAACCUUUCACACGUGACAGUCUACUGAGUGCCUAUACUGGAGACGUGGACUGGGCUCUCGGUGGUGUUGAAUCUGAAUUUGCAGAAUUAACCAAGGCUGCCAUCGCCAAUUUGACGGUUUUGACAGCCUCGCAGGGCGCUUGCAAGAACAUCACUCGGUCUGGUGCGGAAUGUCCUGAAGACAAACUUACUGCGCAUUUACCCGAAUCUUAUAGGAAUUACAAUCUAGUGGCGAUAACAUGUGCCCUUUAUCCUUGCAUGAAGGAGUACCACGCCCAGGUCAAGGAAGGAAGACUUAUCGAAAAGGUGGUUGACGAAACCCUUUUGAGCGCAUUCGAAUAUAGCUAUAUCGGCAACAAUCGUAUUCUGAACAGGGGCGGCAGACAUGCUAUUCAGUCGCCCUGCCUGGUUGGCGACGAAGAGUAUACUUUUGACGAUUUUUCUCAAAGAAAUGAGCCACCGAAGGGCUGGUCGACGGUUGAGCGUGAUAAAACCAACUACACAGUCCCGGAUACAUGCCUAUACCAGAUGGGAACUCAAUACUCGCCGGCACUGAGCAAACACAUGGACGACGAAAUCUUCAACACCCACUGCGCGUCUGCCUACUUGGCGGACUCGCAUGCAAGCUGCGGAUCAAAGUGGUGGCUAGCCUCCCUUCAACAUAUCACCUACGACGCUUUAGAAACAGCAUUUGACGACUUCACCGCUGCCAUGACCAACAACUUCCGCAUUGAAGCAAGAUCCGACGAAGAUAAAGACAAAGUCACCGGGGUCGUCAACGAAAUGGCCAUCUGUACCGUUUUUGACUGGCGGUGGGUUCUGCUACCUGCUGGGUUGAUGGCUGUUACUUUGGCUCUGUUGGUAUAUGCUGUUGUUCAGAGCUACACCCACAAAGACAUGCCGGUUUGGAAAACUUCGGUUCUUCCGCUGUUGUUUUAUGGUCCUAAUGUUACGAAUGAUAUGACGAGGGAGACGGAUCUGGAUGGGUUGCAAAGAGAGGCUGGAAAGAUAAAGGUGGAAUUUCAAAAUAAGGAUGGCAUUAGAUUGAGGAAGAUCGAAACUAGAGCGACGGAGAGUUAG